CCCACUCCGGGCAGCGGGCCUCGGAGUGCCGCGGCCGGACAGUGAGCGGCUCUCGGGGGUCAGGCGGGCGCGGACGCCCCGCUGCCUUCCCCGCGCAGCCCUGCGUGACCUGUCGAGCGUCGUCAACGGAGCGGCUGGGCGAGUCGGCCCCUGCGAGCCGGGGCGGAACGACGGCCUCCGCGGCCCCACGGGCGGUGGCGGGUGAAGGACUCCUCUACCACCCAGGGCGGGGUCUGCGUGUGAGCCUGCUGGUCCUUUGUGGUGGUCCGGCGGUGGUAGCCAAGCUGAGAAAAAACGCUUACCUUGAAGAUGAAAGGAUCUCCCUAGUGCAACAGACUAAGGAAAACGACUAUUUUCUACAUAUAUUUAUUACCUUUUAAUAAUUAGAUAAGAAGAUGAACCCAACAAAUCCUUUCAGCGGGCAGCAGCCUAGUGCUUUCUCAUCAUCUUCUAGUACUUCUAUAGGAACAUUUCAGCCUAAGCCACCAUUUCAAUUUGGUCAACCGUCUCUUUUUGGUCAAAACAAUAUGUUGUCUGGAAAGAGCCCAGGAUUUCCACAGGUACCCAGCUUUCCAGCAUCUUCUGCAGUAAGUCAUUCCUCUCCAUUGCAGUCGUCAGCAUUUACCCAGACCUCAAGUGUUGGACUCUUUUCUGGACUUGAACACACUCCCACUUUUGUAACUACCUCUGGGCCUUCAAGUUCGUCAGUGCCAGGAUUUAGUUUUAAAUCACCUACCAAUGUAGGGGUUUUCCCAAGUACUUCCACUUUUGGACCAGAAGCUGGAGAAAUAGCAAGCUCUGGUUUUGGGAAAGCAGAAUUCAGCUUUAAACCUCUGGAAAAUGCAGUGUUCAGACCAAUAUUGGGGACUGAAUCUGAACCAGAGAAAACCCAGAGCCAAAUUACUUCUGGGUUUUUCACAUUUUCCCACCCAAUUAGUAGUGGACCUGGAGGCCUGGCCCCCUUUUCUUUUCCUCAGGUGACAAGCAGUUCAGCUUCUAAUUCAAAUUUUACUUUUUCAAAACCAGUUAAUAGUAAUAAUACAUCAUCUGCCUUUACUCCUGCUUUGUCCAACCAAAAUGUAGAGGAAGAGAAGAGAGGACCUAAGUCCUUAUUUGGAAGUUCUAAUAGCCUCAGUAGCUUCCCAGUAUCAUCUGGGGCUUUGGGUGAACCCUUCCCAGUUAGCAAAACAGAUGUCAGACAAGGGUGUGAAGAAGCUGUUUCCCAGAUGGAGCCACUACCCAGCCUCAUGAAAGGACUGAAAAGGAAGGAGGACCAGGAUCGUUCCCCAAGGAGACAUGGCCAUGAGACAGCAGAAGAUUUGGACCCUCUGUCCAGGGGCGAUCAUCCCCCUGAUAAACGACCUGUCCGCCUGAAUCGACCCCGUGGAGGGACUUUGUUUGAUCGGACCAUACAGGAUGUUUUCAAAAGCAAUAAAGAAAUAGGUCGCCUGGGCAACAAGGAAUCGAAAAAGGAAAUUAGCUUUGUCGAGUCUGGGGAAAGUGACCACAUAGCCAUUCCAGGAGGGAGUCAGUCUAUCCUGGUACCUUCUCGGAUUCCAGGUGUGAAUAAAGAGGAAGAAGCUGCAAGUAGAGAGAAAAAAGAAGAUUCUCUAAGAGGUCCUCCUGUGCGUCAGAGUAAAAGAAGUGAGAGCACAGACAGUCUUGGGGGCUUGUCUCCUGCUGAAGUUACCGCGAUCCAGUGUAAGAACAUCCCCGACUAUCUUAAUGACAGGACCAUUCUGGAGAACCACUUCAGCAAAAUAGCUAAAGUGCAGCGCAUCUUUACCAGGCGCAGCAAAAAGCUUGCAGUGGUGCAUUUUUUUGAUCAUGCAUCUGCAGCCCUAGCUAGGAAGAAGGGGAAAGGUUUGCAUAAAGACGUGGCUAUCUUUUGGCACAAGAAGAAAAUAAGUCCCAACAAGAAACCAUUUUGCCAGAAGGAGAAGAAACCAGGUGACGAGGAGGGUGGCCAGGGCAUGGAGGAUACGCCCUUUCAACACUCCCCUAUUGGCAAGCCCACAGGAAGGGCUGUGGCUGGCGGCCUCCUGAGCAAAAGCUCUCCAGUGAAGAAGCCGAGUCUCCUGAAGGCCCACCAGUUUGAGGGAGACCUGUUUGACUCAGGCUCUGAGGGCUCUGAGGGCCUGGGGCCCUGUGUGUCAUCCCUUAGUGCCCUGAUUGGCACCGUGGCCGAGACAUCUGAGGAGAAGUACCGUUUGCUGGACCAGAGAGACAGAGUCAUGCGCCAAGCUCGGGUGAAAAGAACUGAUCUGGACAAAGCGAGGACAUUUGUUGGGACAUGUCCAGACAUGUGUCCUGAGAAGGAGCGGUACAUGCGGGAGACCCGGAGCCAGCUGAGUGUGUUUGAAGUGGUCCCAGGGACUGACCAGGUGGACCAUGCAGCAGCUGUGAAGGAGUACAGCCGGUCCUCGGCAGAUCAAGAGGAGCCCCUGCCACAUGAGCUGCGGCCCUCGGCGGUGCUGAGCAGGACCAUGGACUACCUGGUGACCCAGAUCAUGGACCAGAAAGAAGGCAGCUUGCGGGACUGGUACGACUUCGUGUGGAACCGCACGCGGGGCAUCCGGAAGGACAUCACACAGCAGCAUCUCUGUGACCCCCUGACUGUAUCCCUGAUUGAGAAGUGCACCCGAUUCCACAUCCAUUGUGCCCACUUCAUGUGUGAGGAGCCCAUGUCCUCCUUCGAUGCCAAGAUCAACAAUGAGAACAUGACGAAGUGCCUGCAGAGCCUGAAGGAGAUGUACCAGGACCUGCGUGGCAGGGGUGUGGCCUGCGCCCGCGAGGCCGAGUUCCAGGGCUACAACGUUCUGCUCAAUCUCAACAAGGGGGACAUCCUCAGAGAAGUACAACAGUUCCAUCCUACUGUAAGAAACUCCUCUGAGGUGAAAUUUGCUGUUCAAGCUUUUGCUGCAUUGAACAGUAAUAAUUUUGUGAGAUUUUUCAAACUGGUCCAAUCAGCUUCUUACCUGAAUGCUUGUCUUUUACAUUGUUACUUUAAUCAGAUCCGCAAGGAUGCUCUCCGGGCACUUAAUGUUGCGUACACCGUGAGCACUCAGCGAUCUACCGUCUUCCCGCUGGAUGGGGUGGUCCGCAUGCUUCUGUUCCAAGACUGUGAGGAGGCGACAGACUUCCUCAGCUGCCAUGGCCUCACUGUCUCUGAUGGCUGUGUCGAGCUGAACCGCUCUGCAUUCCUGGAGCCAGAGGGCCUGUCCAAGGCCAGGAAGUCAGUGCUUAUUACCAAGAAGCUGGUGGUAUCAAUCGGGGAGAUCGUGAACGGGGGGCCUUUGCCCCCCACCCCUCAUCAUACCCCCGUGUGCAGCUUCAACUCCCAGAACAAGUAUGUUGGGGAGAGCCUAGCCACAGAGCUGCCUGUUGGCUCUCAGAGACCCUGCCCAGAUGCAGUGGGUGGCGAGAGAGGAGAAGGUGAUUGUGCCGAGCUGGGUGCACCCCUGCCUGGGCCUCUUUUCCAACCCCUCACUGUCCCUGUGCCCUCAACAGCACCUCUGUCUCCAGCCCUGGCCCCGGCCCCGCCCAUGGCACCUAGCCUCUUCCAGCCCAGCACGCAGCCUGAGCUGCUUCACGUGGAGCCUGUGCCUGUGUACUCUGAUGCGGACCUGGCACAGGUGGUGGACGAGCUCAUCCAGGAGGCCUUGCAGGGGGACUGCGAGGAGGUCAGCUCUGCGGGAGCUGCCUAUGCAGCCGUGGCUCUGGGAGUUUCAGAUGCUGCUGUGGAGGAUCUGUUAGCAGCCGCAACCACGGGCAUCCUGAGGCAUGUUGCAGCCGAAGAGGUGACUAAGGAAAGGGAGCGGCAAGAGGAAGAGCGACGGCGGGCUGAAGAGGAAAGGUUGAAACAAGAGAGAGAACUGGUAUUAGCACAACUGAGCCAGGGCCUGGCUGCAGAACUGAUGGGGCUUACAGUGACAGAGUGUGUAAGGGACGUCUGCACCCAGGAGUUGAAGAAUGCACUGGAGACAGACCAGAGGGUCCGCAUGGCCCGUUGCUGUGAGGAUGUCUGUGCCCACCUGGUGGACUUGUUUCUCCUGGAAGAAAUUUUCCAGACUGCAAAGGAGACCCUCCAGGAGCUCCAGUGCUUCUGCAAGUAUCUACAGCGGUGGAGGGAAGCCGUCACAGCCCGGAAGAAACUAAGGCGCCAGAUGAGGGCUUUUCCUGCUGCGCCCUGCUGUGUGGACGUGAAUGACCGCCUGAGGGCACUGGCACCCAGUGCAGAAUGCCCCAUUGCAAAAGAGAACCUGGUCAGGGGCCUCCUGGACCUGGGCCAUGCUGGGAAAGUGGGCAUCUCCUGCACCAGGUUAAGGCAGCUGAGAAACAGGGCGGCCCACCAGAUGAAGGUCCAGCACCUCCAUCGGCAACUGCUGAGUGAUGCGGCGUGGGCACCUCUGGACCUGCCAUCCCUCGUGGCCAGGCACCUCCCAGGGAGGCGGAAGCGCGUGUUUUGGAAGCUGGUGCUGGUGUUGCCGGAUGGAGAGGAGCAGUCCCCAGGCAGUCCUGGCAGAAUUCUAGCAAAUUGGCUAAAGGUCAAGUUCAUGGGGGAUGAUGGUGUGGCAGAUGACACGUGCAGUGAUGCUGGUGGGAUUCAGACACUCGCACUGUUCAACACACUCAGUGGCAAAGGGGACCAGACCAUUUCUGUUAACGUGUGCAUUAAGGUGGCCCAUGGUGCCCUCAGUGAUGGUGCCCUUGAUACAGUGGAGACGCAGAAGGACCUGCUGGGAGCCAGUGGACUGGUGCUGCUGCUGCCCCCCAAAGUGAGGAGUGAGGACAUGGCGGAGGAGGACGUGUACUGGCUGUCAGCCUUGCUGCAGCUCAAACAGCUCUUGCAGGCCAAGCCCUUUCAGCCUGCACUGCCCCUGGCAGUUCUCGUGCCCAGCUCGGGAGGCGACACCGCUGAGAAGGAAGUGGAGGAUGGUCUGAUGCUGCAGGAUUUGGUUUCAGCUAAACUGAUUUCAGAUUACACUAUUAUUGAGAUCCCUGACUGUAUUAAUGAUCUACAAGGCACAACUAAGGUUUCACAGGCAGUUCAGUGGCUGGUCUCCCGCUGUCCCCGUGCCCUCGAUCUUUGCUGCCAGACACUAAUUCAGUAUGUGGAAGACGGGCUUGGCCGUGAAUUCAGUGGCCGUUUUUUCCACGACAGAAAAGAGCGGCGUCUAGGUGGCCUGGCCGCACAGGAGCCGGGCGCCGUCAUCGAGCUGUUCAACAGUGUGCUGCGGUUCCUAGCCUCUGUGGUGUCCUCCCAGCAGCUGUGUGACCUCUCCUGGCCUGUCCCUGAGUUUGCUGAGGCCGCGGGCAGCCGUCUGCUUCCUCACCUGCACUGGAACACCCCUGAGCACCUCGCUUGGUUGAAGCAGGCCGUACUGGGGUUCCAGCUCCCACAGAUGGACCUUCCACCCCCAGGGGCCCCCUGGCUGCCUGUGUGCUCCAUGGUCGUGCAGUAUGCCGCCCAGAUCCCCAGUUCACGCCAGACGCGGCCUGUGCUGCAGUCCCAAGUAGAGAGCCUGCUCCGCAGGACCUACCGCAGAUGGAAGGGCAGGAACCCCAGCCUGGGCGCAGGGCCCGCGGUCUCUGAGGUCCCAUGGGACGACAUCAUCGCCUUGUGUGUCAACCACAGGUUGCGAGACUGGACACCCCCCCGGCUGCCCAUCACAUCAGAGGCACUGAGUAAAGAUGGUCAGAUAUGUGUAUAUUUUUUUAAAAAUGAUCUGAAGAAAUAUGACGUUCCUUUGUCAUGGGAACAAGCCAGGUUGCAGACACAGAAGGAGCUACAGCUGAGUCAGGGGCGUUUGGGGGUAAAGCCUUUUCAUCCUGCAAACAAUCUUCCUGCCCCAUUGCCUCACUCACACCGUAAAGGAACAAGGAACACAGAGCAUGACCAUGGGCGGAGAGUGCCCAGCACAGAGGAACUGCUACGAGGCACCUCCGCUGAGGAGCUCCUGGCACAAUGUCUGUCCAGCAGGCUGCUCCUGGAGAAGGAGGAGAAUAGGAGGUUUGAGGCCCGACUUCAGCAGUGGUUGUCUGAGGGCUCGGGUGUACUCCCAGAGGCAGUUCCCCUGCCCCUCUACCUCCCUCAGACUCUAGUGUCUCUUCCUCAGACUCUGGAGCCUGUGAUGCAGACACCCAUGGCUGCUGGCCAGCAGAGUGAAAGGACAGGCGGACAGCUGCAGCUGGCAGCAGCAACGGGCACGUCUCUGACUGAACGGCUAAAGCACCUGGAAAAGCUGAUCCAGAGCUCGAGGGAUGAGGAAGUGGCUUCUGCACUUCACCUCUCUGCACUGCUGGACAUGGUGGACAUCUGAGUGGCCUGGCCUGAGGGGAGGGAUCUGUCCAGAAGAGUUUCUGCUUUUAUUCAAAAUAAUGUUAUUCUCAGAUGCUUGAUGCACUGUUGAAAAUGUGAUUAUUAAUCAUGCAAAUAAACCAUUCUAAUGUCUG